UUUGAGCGCAUGGCGGAGACAGGGAGCGGUGACGAUUCGGAUCAAUGGGACCCGAACUCAAUUCAGGAGGCCGCUAGGACUUGUAAUGUAAGACAGAUGCGACGCGCGCUCGCUAUAGCUGGAGUUUCGCCCAAUAUUAUGCGCGACGGCCAGCCGCUUAUCAUCCUUUUAUCUAGCAGGCUCCACCCGAAUCAACGUCUCGGUACUGACCCGAAAGCCCGGUUAGCGUGCCUCGACCUGCUCCGACAAGAGCCGGACUUUGACGUGAAUUUGCCUGACCGGGCUGGAGAUCGGGCCAUUCACUACUUAGCAGGUCAUGCUGCAUCACGCGAUGACGUGGAAUUCAUGCAAGCGGUCGUGGACGCGGGGGCCGACGUGAAUGCGACCGGCCAGCACUCUCGAACGGCCAUGCAUUGGUCGUCGGCCCACGGCGGUCCGAUCGGUGCCACCAAAGUAGACCUGCUCAUCAGAGCCGGCGCCUCGGUGACGGCGAUAGAUGUGUUUGGUGACACGCCGUUAAGUCUCGCAAUUUCUGAGGCUGAAGGAUGUCUCGGUCGGGAUCUCGCCGCCAUACGACGUGUCUACCCUGUCUUGCUCGCUGCCGGUGCCGCGCUCCCCGCCGAAGCGAGCGACCCAUACCUCCAGCGCGUGAUCGAGGCGGGCUCGUUCGCCAACUACGCGCGUCUUCAUUUAGACAGACUCACUGCGAUGCUGACGCCAAAGCCGGCCCCCGCCGAUGGGCAGCGACGUUCGCGACGACGCCUCUCUCCCCUCCGACGCGUCCCGCCCGAGGUCCUCCGGCGAAUUGUCGCCUUCGCGUUUCACGUGGGGUACUACUAA